GUUUGGCCCUCUAGGUACCUAGGUACAGCAUGGUUUAUGUAAAAUCCCCCGCAAUUUAGAAGGGACUAGGAGGGGCUGUAUGCAUCCCGUUCAAGGUAGCAACCGACUUGGCUUCGUCACGAUCAGCAUCCAGUCGACCCUCGAUGCAACUUCCCCUACAUGAACAAUCCAAUGCUAUUCAACUCGUUGAUCUUACAUAUACGUUGUCAAGUACCUUGAGUGGAUAGCCGCAAGUCACCUGCAGCUAACAAACCUAAUCAGAGUCGAGUAUCUGAAACGCAGCUGUACAUUGGUUCUUGCCUAAUCAAAAAGACACCGGUGCACCCCCGCCAGAUUCGCCCAUACUCAUCCACACUUAAUUGCAUUGCAGCUUCCCGCCGUACGAUUGGAUCCCUAAACUUUCUUCUACCCCUCCACCCCUCGUGAUACUGGCUAACUCAAGCAAUUCUGUUCUUUCCUCUACUUCUACAAAAAGAGGUCCUCAUCGACCCCUCUUACUUCUAAUAACUUCCCUUCUCAUUCUUCUCCUAGCCAUCACCACCAAUCUGGCUGCUCCACGAGCCCUUUCCCGCCUCACCUCCUAUUUAAACCAACUACGCCCGAAGCCUCCCUCCUCAACAACCCUUUUACCGCUCAGUCGCUCGCCUACUCCUACUCGCUCCCUUGUGACCGCCAACAUGGCUCCCGAAAAGUACAAGAAUCCCCCUCAAGCUCCGCCGACCUUUAUUGGCACGAAAGAGUCUAUCGUCAACGAUGCAAAGGCUGUCUGUGAUACUACUCGAUCCUUACUAGACGACCUCGUUGCAAAUGUACCCGUCGACUCAGCGAGCUUCGCCUCCGUCAUCGCGCCCACCGCAGAAGAUGAGAAUCAGUCACAAUUGAGCACUCGCAUUCUGGGAUUCUACCAAUAUGUCUCCGCUGACGCCGAAUUGCGUAAUGCUUCGACCGAAGCCGAAAAGGUCAUGGACGAGUUCACAAUUGAGUGUAACAUGCGAGAAGACGUCUUCAAGCUUGUCGACGCCGCGUUUCAAGCACAGAAGACCAAGGAACCCAACCUCGACCCUGAGAGCUUGCGACUACUUGAGAAAGAGCGAAAGAGUUAUAUCAGGAAUGGAUUAGGUCUACCUCAAGGCCCCCAACGAGAUCGCUUCAAGGAAAUCAAGAAGCGCCUCAGCCAGAUUGCAAUCGAGUUCCAGAAGCAUCUCAAUGAGGAGAAUGAGGGCAUAUGGUUCACGAAGGAGGAGCUGGAUGGAGUUCCCAAUGACGUGGUUGAUGGUCUAGAGAUUGGCCUGGGGGAGAAUGAUGGGAAGGUGAAGCUCACUUUCAAGUACCCUGACCUCUUCCCCGCUCUGAAGUUCGCCAAAAACCCAGAAACCAGAAAGCAGAUCUUCAUUGCGAACGAAAAUAAGACCAAUCAGAAUAUCCCCCUCUUCAAAGAAACCAUCCUACUACGCGAUGAGGCCGCUAGACUUCUAGGCUAUCCCAACCAUGCUGCCUUCCGUAUAGAAGACAAGAUGGCCAAGGACCCGGCUGUGGUUAACACCUUUUUAUCAGACCUUCGAACACGUCUCACGCCAGGUGGUAAGAAGGAAAAGGCACAUCUACUUGAGCUAAAAAAGAAGGACGAGGAAGCAAGGGGACUGAAGCCGGAUGGAAACUAUUACCUCUGGGAUCAUCGCUUUUACGGCCGAAUGAUGGUGGAGCAGGAAUACAACAUUGAUGAGACCAAGAUUGCUGAAUACUUCCCUCUCCAGAGCACCGUUCAAGCGAUGCUAAGAAUUUUCGAAGAAUUAUUCGGCUUGGUAUUUGUGGAACUGGACACUGAAGAUCGGAAGAGGAUAUCCCCCACCAGCAAGGCCGAAGACAUCGCGUGGCACGAGGAUGUACACGUCUUCUCAGUUUGGGACGACAGUUCCGAGGGUGAUGGGUUCGUCGGUUACCUCUAUCUUGACUUGCACCCUCGCCCAGGCAAAUAUGGCCAUGCCGCCAACUUCAACUUGCAGCCUGGUUACCUUCAGAAAGAUGGUACUAGGAGGUAUCCUGCCACUGCCCUAGUUUGCAACUUCUCCAAGCCCACGGAGAAGAAGCCUUCCCUACUAAAGCACGAUGAGGUAGUAACGCUAUUCCAUGAGCUUGGGCACGGUAUCCACGACCUGUCUGGUCGAAGUACCUAUAGCCGAUUCCACGGGACGUCGACGGUUAGGGAUUUUGUCGAAGCCCCAAGCCAGAUGCUUGAGAACUGGUGCUGGACGCCUAGUCAACUAAAGGCUCUCUCAAAGCAUUACGAGACCGGUGAGAAUAUCCCCGACGAGUUGAUCGGAAAACAGAUAUCAACAAAGCAUGUCAACGAUGCCUUGUUCAACCUAAGACAAUUACAUUUCGGUAUCUUCGACAUGACUGUUCACUCACCCGCUUCACACGGGGAACUAGAAAAGAUGGACAUUAGUUCAACUUACAACAACCUUCGCGCUGAGAUUGCCGGUCUUGAAGGCCCCGAAGUUCUUGGUGCGCCCAGCAAUUGGGGUAAUGGCCAAGCGACGUUCGGACAUCUCAUGGGCGGCUACGAUGCCGGCUACUAUGGCUACUUGUCCUCCCAUGUCUACAGCACGGACAUGUUCUACUCCGUCUUUAGAAAAGACCCAAUGAAUAGCAAGGAAGGUCGUAGAUACCGCCAUACCGUUUUAGAACGUGGUGGUAGUCAAGAUGAAAUGAUCACACUAGAGCAGUUCCUAGGCAGGAAGCCCAGCCCUGAUGCUUUCUACGCCGAGCUAGGCCUCACGGCCGCUUCUGCUGCAUAAGAAAAGAGUCUAGAGAAAAAAAAUGGGUUGUAGAGGGAAUUCCAGGGGCCAGUACCCAGUCUAGUGAAGAUAUAUAGGUAUCCAUCUAAUUUGAAUAUUAGAUAAAUCCCCAGAGGAUACGAUAGAGGCAGAUGUUUGCUAUAGAUUUAAGCAAUUACUCCCUCAAUUCGAAAAUUACUCAAUUUUUGGUGAAACCCCCGCAACUAUUACGCGACGUACAGUAGUGAAGGCAUUUUUGACUGGUUAAUAUGAAAACCUGGAGCUAAGGCUCUCGUUGAUUGUUUAUGCGAACGGAUACCAUAUCACUAGA